GGGAAAAACCUCGAGGGCAGCCGCGUCGGAGGAUGCGCGAGAGGCGGAGACUCGCCAGGCAGGGGAGGGAGAAGAUGGCGGAGGCCGAGAUUUGGAGUACCUCCUGAAUGUGUGAAAAUAUUUCUUCGACUUGGCUCAUCUUCUUCUCUGGACCCCAGAGUUCUGCGUUGAAUGUUGAUGAAAUGCAUGAGGCCAUGGCAGAUGACAACAUACAACCUUCCAUACGAAAGAAGUGUGGCCCAUACAUUCCUUCAGUAACCAGCCGCAGCCUGAACUUGGCGAUCCGUGGGAUAGUCCUCUUUUUAAUUGGCGUCUUUCUGGCAUUGGUAUUAAACUUGCUGCAGAUUCAGAGAAACGUCACCUUGUUUCCACCAGAUGUGAUUACAAGUAUCUUCUCUUCAGCUUGGUGGGUACCACUUUGCUGUGGAACAGCAUCAGCUGGGAUUGGGUUAUUGUACCCCUGCAUGGACAGACAUCUAGGUGAGCCGCAUAAAUUUAAGCGAGAAUGGUCCAGUGUGAUGCGAUGUGUAGCAGUCUUUGUUGGUAUAAAUCAUGCCAGUGCUAAAGUGGAUUUUGCCAACAACAUCCAGUUAUCUCUGACACUUGCAGCACUUUCCAUUGGAUUGUGGUGGACAUUUGAUAGGUCUCGAAGUGGCUUUGGCCUGGGUAUAGGAAUUGCAUUUCUGGCCACACUUGCGACUCAGCUUCUGGUCUACAAUGGAGUUUAUCAAUACACUUCACCUGACUUUCUUUAUGUUCGUUCCUGGUUACCAUGUAUCUUUUUUGCUGGUGGAAUAACAAUGGGAAACAUUGGCCGGCAGCUGGCAAUGUAUGAAUGCAAAGUCAUUGCGGAAAAGUCUCAUCAGGACUGAAGAGAGUGAAAUAUGGCUUUGCACAGGACAACAAAACGACAAAUGACGGAAGAGAACACACUAAGGAGCACUUGUCACUAAAAUUGCCAAACAGCCAUUUCCUUCUUGUUUCUUCUUCCGCUUUCAUCUCUCUGCUUCCCCCAGCUGGUUCCAUCCACACGAGGCACCAUUUAUUGCAAUCUGUGAUUGCUUCACCUGUAGCUCACUUGAAAAUUCGAGACUUGGAACUGAUUGUGUAAAAUGUGGGCUCGAAUGCAACACAUUGAACAAGAUGGUCUUUUAUGGCGAGGAGCCUUUAAUUUCCCCACUAAGCUAGGCUUGGCUGAUGCCAUCCUCUUCUCCCUCUUCUCCCCCCCCCCCCCCCAAUGUUCACAGUGCCAAACUAAACUUUGGUGGUCUUGGAGGGAGUGGCUGCUGUUUCAUUAUCCUUCAGGCCUGUGAUGUAGAGGUGUUUUGAAAAGACAUUGAUAAAAUUGAAUCAAAAACAUAGUCCCAAGUGAUGUCAUCAGUCAUUUCCAUCCGCAGGUCAGUCAUUUCUAUCCGCAAUGCACAUAUCAGGUGCAUUGGCAUGCAACCAACAUGAGGUGUCUUGUUCUGUGUGCUUUGCACUUAGGAUACAUAAUCGAUCUGGCAGUUACAAUGUCCACGCAUGUGAAAUGCUUAGGAGCAUGUCCCUUUGCAGUCGGGCGUCUCUGCCCCAGCAGAAACACAGCUGCAAGUGCAAGCAUGGCCCCGAAGGAAGUGAUUACUGUGGACAGCAACAGUUGCUUGCUCUGCAAAUAGGAAAAUCCAAAACUCUCCUAACUGUACUGAGAUAUUCCUUGGUGUACUGUUUGCAAAUCUAAUGUGAACUGUUCCUAUGCAGACUUCAUUACAUGAAUAGAUGGGAGUGUUCUUGUGCAGGAUUGCCACUUGUGGCAGCGGGACUCGGAAAGGAUACUAAUGAAUUGGGACCAGCUCAUGCCAUACGCUCAUUCUGCUUUUAUUACGACAGACUUGGGAGUGGGGGUGGGGAGAUAUGCCUUAUUGAAGACAAAGCCCCAGGGUCAUCUAUCUAAAUGGAAACUUCAGUCGAAUCUCCUCUAAACCCUGGCCAGUUUCAUCACUUCUGUCACUAUUAUAUCCAUUCAGGCUGUGUACUGCUGCUUUUUUAAAAGUUACUUUCUUAAAAAAUUGUGAAAGGUUUUAGAGAAACAUGCUGCAGCCCCUUGAAAAGGCUGAAGUUGGCCCAAAGAACAUCUGCUCAGAGAGAGCAUUUAUUUUUUUCUUAAUAAUGUGUAUGUUACACUCAUAGACACGGAAACAGGCACAUCAAGCAGCAUUUUUUAUAGCUUGCAAUCUAAUACGUGGAGAAUAUGCAAUGCAGGUCUUGAAGGAAAUGUUAUCAGAAGGAAAACGUGCAAUCAAUAAGACUUUUUUUUUUAAAAAAACCCCACAAAUAAUAUGCAACGUAUCAGUAGCUCCAGCUUUCCACUGGCAGUUGCAGCUUCAUUUCAAUGCACAGCAACUCCUCCAAAGUGGUUGUGAUGUUACAGAAAUUAAUAAUAUUUGAAAGCAUUUAAGUAUUAGUGCAUGUGCUUAUUGCUCUUCCCUCCAAGUUCUUUCAUAUUAAAAUGUCUCCAUAAUUCCAAGCAUCAUUCACACCACUUAAGGAUUUGUUUUGAAAUUAUGCACAUCUGAUUUAAUUUUAAAACAUCUCCUUAAGUGGUGUGACUGAUGCUUGGAAUUAUGGAGAUGCUUUAACAUGAAAUACCAUGUGAUUGAUAUUUUAGGCUCAGCAGAAUUUGUGGCUAUCCAACAGUUAUGCUGAUAUUUAUGGGGUUGACUCACACAUUUUAGGUGGUGUUCUAAGCUUGUUAAAUAUUGGCACAAGAACAACUUAAAGGCUUAAAAUCUGUAAUUUUUGUCCCUUGUACAGCAGUUUGUGAUUAAAUCCGAGUACUGCUAUGGGUGAUAAAUCAGUGAGGAGUACGGGGUUUGAAAGAGCUGUACCUGAGCUCUCUGACUUACCAUGUUCUUUCUGCUGUUUGUGUGCUCUUGGCUCUGUCCAUAUACGUAUAGAGCAUGGAAUAAAUCGGAAACGAUGUGUACUGAAAGGAGAUCAUCUUCUACAAUGAGUUUUUCCAGUCUUUCUUGUGGGAGUAAGCUGCCCUAGAGAGUAGAGCAAGAUUGUGGUGUGCCACAGAUUUUUGUGAAUAUAAGCGAAAUGACUGAAGACAACUGGCAAUUGUGUGGGACCUUAGUUCACAGAAUAGCAGUAUAAUUAUGGUUCACUGUGGCUGUGUUAUCUGAAGAUUAUGCAUACCAUCUGUAUUUUCUAAAGACUCAGUAAUGCUUGGAAGACUUAACCAUUUGAUGGUUGUCCUUCAAAUCUUAUGUGUUCUCAGUAUCACACAGUCAUUCCAUCCAGCUUUAUAGAAGGAACUUCUCCAUUUUGCUGAAGAAAUCCAGGGCGACUUAACUGUGCUGUUAAAAACUUAAAUGCAUGAAGACAUAACUCUCAGGCCUUGCAUAUUAACUUGGAUGCAGAAAGUGCUACUUUUGCUAAGAAACCACUUGCACACCACCCUUGUGAGUUGUCUUUGCUGGGCAUCAGUAAUAGCACAUGGUCGGUUUGAAAAUCCCAUUGUGAAAAACAUUACUCCUCCGGUUUUUGCAACUGAUGCCAUUUCAGCCUGUCUUCUCAGUUAUUUUGGUGGAUUGCUCUGUUUUAAUAAGUUGCUCUUCAUUUAAAACAAUCCACAAAUAUUUUGUGUAACAACCAGCCCAUACUGAAAUCUUGAGAGGAUAUAUUUGUAAUGGGAAUGCAGAAACAACCUUAAUUACAGUGGUGGAAAGAUGCAGCUAUUGUAUAAUGUGUAAUUACAAUAUUAGUCUGUCUUCAAAAUGUUCUAUAGAGGAUGAAUAAGGUAUAUUUUAGAUACAACUUUAUAAGCACUAUAAACUCUUCACUAGUUGUGAAUUGUAAAGGUGGUUGUUGUUUACUUCAAAUUGCUGUUAAAAGCAAGAUGUGUAUUAAAAAAUAA